GAUACUUUUAUAUAUAUUGGCAACCAGUGACAAUCUUGAUUAAUCGUUUAUAUAUCAUUGUAUAUCAAUACCACAAUGAUUAUUGAUAAGAACCACGUGAAACAUGGACAUGAAUACUAUUAUAAAAUUCACAAGCACUUUUUGAAUAGGUUCUAGUAAUUUAAGAUGUCUAAAGAAACAACAAUUGUGGAAGUACGAGGUAUGCCCAAAUGUGGACGAUUUUGGAAAACUCCUAAAACUAAGUUUUCAUCCAUUAAUAAAACUAAAGGAUUGAAAUUGUCAUAUGAACGUAAACAAAAAUUAAGAGAAGACAUUAAAAAAACUAGAGAAUUAUCUAGAUCCUUGAUUAAUGAACGAAACGCUGAAAAUGAAGCUAGAAAAGAAAGAAGAAGAGAAAACAUCAAACGGCGUGCUGAAAAUCAAAAGAAGUCUGAAGUUGUUCAACUGAUUAAAAAUCCUGCGAAGAUUAAGAGAAUGAGGAAAAAAGCAUUAAGGCAAAUUGAAAAAAGAGAUACAUUAAAUAUGAAAUAAUAUGUCAACAGAUUUUAUUAUUUCUGAAAUAUAAUAAAUAAUUGUAAAAAUUA